CGAUGGCGCCGCUGCCGGGCCGGCGCGGGGGGCCCGGGCUCGGGGAGGCCCUGCUGGGGGCUGCCCUGCUCGGGGGGGUCCUGCUGGCCGCCCGCGCCGACCCCGACCCCCACCGGGACGGGGCCGAGCCGUGCCGAGCCUGCCGCGGCCUCGCUGACAGCUUCAGCAGGGGCCUGGAGCGGACAGAGCAUGAGGGCUUUGGCGGGGGCAACACAGCCUGGGAGGAGGAGAAGCUGUCCAAGUACCAGCACAGUGAGACCCGUCUCCUGGAGGUGCUGGAGGGCGUCUGUGCUCCCUCGGACUUCACCUGCCACCAGCUGCUGGAGCGGAGCGAGGAGCAUGUGGAGCAGUGGUGGUUCCAUGAGCAGCAGCAGCACCCCGACUUCUUCCAGUGGCUGUGUGUGGACAGGCUGAUGCUCUGUUGCCCACCCGGCACCUACGGCCCGGACUGCCGGCCCUGCGCUGGCGGGCCCCGGCAGCCCUGCAGCGGCAAUGGACGAUGCGAUGGCGACGGCACACGCCGCGGCACCGGCCUCUGUGUCUGCAGCCCGGGCUAUGGCGGCCCCUUCUGCGCCGAGUGUGGUGAUGGCUACUACGAGGCCUCGCGGAACAAGAGCCACCUGAUGUGUGCUGAGUGCUACCAGGCAUGCGGGCGCUGCACGGGGCCCGAGGACUCCAGCUGCCUUCGCUGCAAGAGGGGCUGGGUACUGCACGAGCACCGCUGCAUUGACAUCGACGAGUGUGGCACAGAGAUGGCGCAUUGCCGAGCCAACCAGUACUGCGUCAACACGGAGGGCUCCUACGAGUGCCGAGGUCAGGAGGAGGUGGAGGAUUUCUGUGCAGACUGCUCCACGGCUUGCAUCGGCUGCAUGGGUGCCGGACCAGCUCGCUGCAAGAAAUGCAACAAGGGCUACUGGCGGGAUGGAGCCAAGUGCCUGGAUGUGGACGAGUGUGCCAGCGCCGAGGAGCCGGUGUGCACCGGAGCACAGGAGGUGUGUGAGAACACGGAGGGCAGCUACCGCUGCGUCUGCGCCCAAGGCCACGUCCGCCGGGAUGGGCAGUGUGUCGAGGACAAGCCCCCUGAUGCCCCGGAGAAAGGCUUCUUUGACGACGUGACCGACGACGAGGUGGUGGUGCUGCAGCAGAUGUUCUUUGGUGUGAUGAUCUGUGCACUCGCCACGCUGGCUGCCAAGGGCGACAUGGUCUUCACCGCCAUCUUCAUCGGUGCCGUGGCUGCCAUGGCUGGCUACUGGCUCUCUGACCGCAGUGACCGUGUCCUCGAUGGCUUCAUGAAGGGCAGAUAGCUCUGGGGCUGCUGGGCAUGAAUGGGGAGGCGGGCUCAGCCUGAGGUGUGGGGCCCCCCCCCAGCAGGGCUGGCUGACGAGGCUGCAUCCUGCACACAGUGCUGUGCCCUGCAUGCGUCCCCCAGCCCCGCCUUAGCGUAGGAUCUCGUUUUCUCCCCCCUGCAGAAAGAGCCAGGGGUACCUGAUCCCAGGGGCUCCCACACAGCCUUCUCUGUCUGGAGGGGUGAUGCCAGGCAGUGUGGCACUGUGUGGGGGGCACAGCAUGCUGCCUCCAGCCCCUCGUACUCUAAAGGAGAGACCUGGAAUUGUGGCAGGUGGAGGUGGGGGGGCAGGUGAGAGGGUGAUCCUGCUACCUGCCCCCAGGCUGGGGCUGCUGGCCCUGUUAGGACCCCCCUCCCAUAAGGCCAUUCCCUGUGGGGCAGUGAAGGGCUAGGCCCCCCCUCUGCCCUGAGCUGUGGGGCUGGGAGAGCUGCCCCCCCAUCCCACCCCUCCUCCCCAUGUCCCUGGGCAGAGCCCAUCUCCCCUCCCAGACUGGAUGGGCCGAGGGCCCCAUGUUGCUGGGGGUGCCAUGCUGGGCAAGGGGGGGCCCUGCUGGAUGCAUGAGUGUGGCCGUUGCAUUUGUCCGUCGGGGUGUGCCCAUCUGUCUGUGUGUCCAUAUCUCAGGAAAUAAAGCUCUGCACACCCAG